GGUUUACGCGCUUGCUUUUACGCUUAGUUUCACGCUCCGCGGACCUAUACACUGCUUCCAAAGACCCCCGGACGGACAGCGUAUUCGCACAGCAGCCAAUAUCGACGCACAAGCAAAUUCCUUCCAUCAAACGGCAACAAUCAAACCAAUAAUUCAACAGCAAACAAUCGAACCGGGCCGACUAAUGAUGAAAGAUAACAACAUCGCCGUUGACGACCCAUGAUCCAUGAGGUAGAUGGCACCUGCUGCUGCUCAUUCAUCUGCUCCCGCACUCUCGCAUCUGCAACAGAUCGUCCGUAGCGCCGAUGCAUUCGCUGAUAAUGUUGCGUAAGAAACCGCUGCUGCCUGCUCUGGUGCUGGCGGUGAGCGUUAUCAGCGCCGCCGAGGGCAGCACACACUGGCUGCUCAACACCAACGGCCUAAUAAUACCACAGCUUACCUCGCCGUUCUACUUGCGUCGAUCGUACGAUCUGAUAGCAUUUCUGAACCAAAAUGUGUACAAGCAGAAAAUAGAUCUAAUCAUCGGCGAGCUGCUGACGAUCAAAGCGAAUCUCACGCAAAAGAUGAACAAUCUCGACCGGUACACGAGUGAGCUGACCGGCAAGAUUGGCUGCAUACCGGACUACUACCUCGACGAGUCCGACAUCCUUAGCACGAUCGUGAACCCUAGCUACGUAGCCCGCAUCGGUAAGCUGACCGAGAAGGCACCGGUUGGGCUGGAGGAUCUCAUCCCACCGCCCGCCGACAGGCAGACGGCGAACACGAAGAAGCGAACGACCGCACAGCAACAAACGGAGUCACAGGCGCAGCAACACCUAACAUCCUCACCGAAGGCACCGCCAGCGUCGCUGCACCUGCCCAAAUGUGCCGAAUUUCUGCCGCUCGAUGUGAGUGUGGCCGCGUUCGAUCACCUCGAGGGAGUGCAGAACCGGUCCCGGCUGCAGAUGGCCCCGGAGGAGGUCCUGAUGGGUCUCGAGUACAAUAUCCCGCAGCUGCUGACGGACGGGCUACGGUGGAAUCCGACCUCAUGGAAGAUGCACACGAUCGCCUCGUACUUCUGGCGGCUCAAAGGGAACGCACCGGAAGCGAUGGAAUGCGCCAGACGGGCGGUCACGUUUGCACCGCGCGCCUCCAAGGACAUUGCCCUGCUCAGCCUCGGUACGGUGCUGCAGCGGUCGCAGCAGCUGAACGAUUCGCUGGUGGUACUGCGGGCAGCGGUCGACCACGAGGCGACCGAACCCGAGAAUCAGCUGGCCCUCGGCAACACCUACAUGCUGCUCUCGGAUUUCAAUCGUAGCUUCGAGGCGUAUCGCGUCACCGAAAACCUUAGCCGGCUCUACUCUAAGCAGAUUGAUUACAUCAAAAAGUCCAUCAACUGUUUCAAGGAUCUCAAAAUCAAUUUACUCACAAUGGAACGGCUGCUGCAGGACAUCAUACCCGGGCUGGAGCGAUACGGUGCGCUGCAGAAGGAAUUCGACGAGUAUCAUGAAAAGCUCGACCGUGAGCAGGCGCCGCUCAAGACACGGGUGUUCGAUGAGAGUUACAGCAAUCAGGUGGACUUCUUGAUACAGCGUAGCCAAAUCUGUACGACGCGGCUAGCGAGGGACAAGGGUGAACCGAUACUGUCCUGCGACUUCAUCUCGGAUGUACAGAUGCUGAUGGAGGACUUUGCGGUGGAGAUACUGAACAACUAUGUCGAUCUAAAGCGCGAGCUAAUUAACACCUACAAGAUCAACUCACUUGGCAUCUACAAGAAGAUUUUCGUCGAGCAUUUUUGAGCGGGCGUGAAUCGGCGAGGCUUGGGAGGCUGUAAGCACUUCUGCUUCCUGCUAAUGGACUGCUAUCCUGGACGACCAAGAGUACAAUCUAGGGGCUGCGAUCCUUAAAAAAAAAGGCACAUGAUGUGACGAUGAUGGACGCCUGGAUGAAGGGUUAUUUUAUUUUUUUCUAAACAAUCAAAAGAAUAAAACCGAAAAAUAAUGCUA